GUUUUUACUUGAAGCUGCACUGUAAAGGAACAUGAAUAUAUUGGUCUUAUCAUGAUUUUAUUGUUUUUGCUGGUAGAGUAGAUAGCAGACCACUCUCUACCAGAUCAGAUACUCAUCAUGAGAGUGGCUGAGAGUGAGUGAGAGGAAGUGUGAACAGAGAGACAAAUUAUUGCGAAACUCCAUGUAUGCUGUAGUAGGCUAGAGUAGGAGGGUGUAUGUAGUGUAGUGGGGAGGUGAUCAUACUCAGUGCAUGGCCACUCUAUAAGAUGCUCAUUUGCAUUUGCUUCGCUCUUUCUGACUGAUUGAAACGUAACACCAGAGGUAACCGUUCUCUCUCUGUCAAGAUUUAUUUUGGUUAAGACAAGUUUUGCUUUCUGUGACUGCUCUUUGGGGAGGUGGUCGUUUCUGUGACUGCUCUUUGGGGAGGUGGUCGUUUCUGUGACUGCUCUUUGGGGAGGUGGUCGUUUCUGUGACUGCUCUUUGGGGAGGUGGUCGUUUCUGUGAAGGAUUUCCACAUUUCUCAUAUCUAGAAGUGGAAUUUGUUUCUUCCACUACAUUUGUCUUGUCUUGUCUGCUGACAAGACAACCUGAGGAGUCAUACUGUACAACCCGCACUAGUGCUUGGUCUUGCUCUGGGAAAUCUCUCUGUGUCUCUCGUUGUGUGCCGGGACCCCUGGUGCGUGGACCUCGCUCGGGUACUACUUGACUACCUCCUUUUUCAGUUCCUUAUAAUCUCUGAUCGGAGAGAUCAUGGCUGAGGGUGGUGUCCCAUACCCCUCCGUGUUCAUGGUGGAUAGCCAUGCAGCCUACCCAACGCUGCCCCCCAAACCAAGACCUCCUGGUCGGGGUGGUGUGGCCCAAAGCCUGCUGUUCUUGCUGGUUGGUCUGGCUUUGUGUGGCUUGGCCAUAGAGGCCUGCUUCAUCUACCACCUCUACUCCAAACAGGGAUCUGCGGAGUCAGGGUCAGCUGGUAUGAGUAUCCAAGACCAUGAGGAAUUUCUGAAGGAGGUUCCCCCAACUUCAAGACCAAACCCUAUUGUGUUGCCUUCAAAACCUGUUGCACAUCUGACAGCUGGACCUCAAACACCCCAUGGAGAUGGAGUCAUGGUAUGGAACAUGCAGGCAGAACCAAUCCUCCAUGAAAUGGAGUACAAAGAUGGGAAGCUUGUCAUCCAGAAGGAAGGCUACUACUACGUCUACUCUAAGAUCUUCUUCAGUGAGGUCGAUGUUGCGUUCACACACUCGGUCUGCAGAACUACUCCACGGUACCUUGGGAAGGACAUUGAACUCCUUAAGUCCAGGAGAUAUCACCCCAAGUUUGGGAAAAUGAUGUCCACAUCAAACAGCUACCUGGGAGGGGUGUUCCACCUCUUUGAAGAUGACUCCAUCUUUGUCAAAGUGAAAAAUGUCACUCAAGUUCGGAUACAACAUUCCACAGAGAACGUGUUUGGUAUCUAUAUGAUAUAAUACGGUUGAUGAUGAAGAUACUUUUUUUUUAGAUAGCUGGCUGAUUAUCAUUGGUUUAAGGCAUAAUAAUACUGUAGGCCAAUUUACAUGUAAUAUUGCUACGCAGGGCCUUCCCCCUUCCCGGCACAUCCUCAUUUUCUUUAAACAAAUCCUUGCAUCAAGAUGCAUUUCGAUGAGUGGAAAAUGUACUGUUGAAGAAAAAGCCCCUUUAUAAUAAAGCCAUAAUAACGUUUGCCAUACACUAGGCUACAGUUGAACAGAGGCGUUUUUAGGAUUUCCACACAUAGGGAUUUAUUUUUGCAGGGUCGUAAAAGAAUCUGCCUGUUAAAAAACGCAUGUCAUGCAGUUCUACGUCAUUUACAUGAAAGACAUUGGUUGAAUCUUUUAAUUACCACACAACUGACUGAAAUGACUGGAUACUCUGACACUGACAAACUGAGAUCAAUCUGGUCUUGAAUUCAAACAAACAAUAGCCCAGGUCAAUGAAGCGACACACAGAUUGUACAAUAUUCAGAGGAAAUAUAUAUAUACAUACAGUAUAUUACUGUAUAUCAUCGGUUACAGUAGGUUACUAAAUAAAACGUUGAGUGGCACACUGACUCACCUGAUGAUGAAGAUGAAGCCAUAGGCUUCUCACGGUGAGGGCUGAUGCGCUAGCUGUGGCAAUAGCCUAUCUCAAGAUGAGCUACUUUGAAAAAACAGUGCUGCUGUUAGCUAAAAAUUGGGAGUUGUUAAGAAUUUUUAAAAAUUGGUUCUAAAGACUGAUUAGCCUUCUCUUUUCACCAGUAGGCAUUUGUUUUCCAAACAGUGUGAUUUUCCCACAAUUUCAUUUUGAAAUCUACAAUCCAUAGAUCCCAUAGAUGGCAGUUCCCAUUCAAGUCAGAACUGGCAUCCAUUGCUAGUGUACCCAUGAGUUUAACAGUCAAAUUCCCAGGGUCAGAGGUUACAAAACACUUCAAUGGAGUAUAUAUCUAUGGCCAAAAAGCAACAAGCUGUAGCCUAUUUGGGGCGCAUGACCUUCCUGACUGUAGGCAUACCAGUAACUGCCAAAAUAAAAGAAACACAUGAGUAACCAAGGGAUACAAGGGAUACAGUAUGUUACGGUAUGGGGUGCAUUUUCCAAGGGAUACAAGGGAUACAGUAUGUUACGGUAUGGGGUGCAUUUUCCAAGGGAUACAAGGGAUACAGUAUGUUACGGUAUGGGGUGCAUUUUCCAAGGGAUACAAGGGAUACAGUAUGUUAUGGUAUGGGGUGCAUUUUCCAAGGGAUACAAGGGAUACAGUAUGUUAUGGUAUGGGGUGCAUUUUCCUGCCAUGGUUUACAUCCACAUGUAUAAUCUAAGGAGCAUUGAAGCUGUUCUGGCAGCUCAUGGUGGCAGCACCCUUUUAAGACACUUUUUGUUGGUGUUUGCUUCAUUUUGGAAGACAUAUGUAUGUGCUUGUGAUAAAACUUAAUUCACAGUUUUUUUAAAAUAAACGAUUUAUCCUCUGUGGCUAAAUGAUGCUCUCUGGUGUAUUUUGAACAUUGAGAGCCGGCGCCUGUGGUUGGAUAAAAAAAUAUAUAUAUAAAAUAAAAAGUAUUAUUAUUUUUUGCCUCUUGGGCCCAGUCCUUGACUCACACAAUUGACCAGUCCUAUUUAUUUAUUAUGCAGUUAUUUACCCAAUCAAGACAGGGGACCCCCUACCUCCUCUCCUCCCCCCAUCUGAUGAUUAGUAGAGCGGCAGCAUGCAGCAACUAGACUUGAGAGCAGGGUCCUGAGUCUUCCUGUGAUUGAGUAUUGAGUGAAAAAGUAUAAAAUAUAUGCUACAGAUAUAAUAUAUACUACAUAUAAUAUAUAUAUAUAUAACAUAUAAUAUAUACAGUAUAUAUUUCCUUAAUAAUUAAACAUUUAUUUAAAAACCAAAAAAUGAAUUGCUGCCUCUUGGGCCCCCAAUGGGCCUGGACACAGAUGUUUCAGCCCCGGUAAACCCCUGCAUUAAUCCGUCCCUGUUGCUAAGGUAAAUCAUAAAAUUGGAUACAAUUAUAAUAUAUUGAUUGAUUUAGCUUUUGUAGAAUAAAACAAUUUUUUAUCAGUUUUGGUGGUGAAAGUGCUGAAUAACAUUAUUAGGGAUGUUUUGUAUUCACUCAGUGUUACUUCUCUUUUGUAAGUAGUGUUGUUAUUGAUGGGGGUUUUGGUCAGGAGGUAACACAUUAUGUUGAUAGUCUGCCAACAAGAAAAAGAAAAAAGAAAAAAGAACUGUAUAAAUGUUACCUCUGUAUGCUAGGGUUCAAUGCAUAUUUACAGACAUCAGCUCUUUAUUCUCUUACUUGUAUGUUAUAUUGACCUGAUUAAAAAUAAUAUAUAUAUAUAUAUAAUAGUAUAAGGAAAUACAUAAUAUAGAUAUAGAGAAAAAUAUUUAGAUAUUUAGAUAAUUCGAUAUACUGACAAGUAGAUAUAUUCUACGUUUUUGAAACGAUUUAAGAAUACCUGAUAUUCAGGUAAAUUGCAUGUAAACCACUGCAUAGUGUUUUCAGAAGGGCUCAUUGAGAUUAAAAUCCCUUUUUCAAGAGCGCCCUGGCCAAGAUAGGCAGCACCAAGUCAUUACAAAAAAUUACAGACAGACAAUAUGAAAAACUACAAGUAAUCUAGUAAAAACCAUUGAAUUCACAAGAGUAUAACAACAUUUAACAGGUCAGGGAAUCAGCCUCAAAAUCCUUCAUCAGUGAUUUAAAAACACCAAUGUUUUUAUGUGUUCAUGAUAAGGUCAAAUGUUGGACUAUCUAUUUCCCUCUUUGUAUACCCUCCAUAAAAUGACCAAGUAAUUAACUCAUUUCAAUAUUUUGUAUUUGUAUUUCACCUUUUGGUGUUUUAUAUUUAUUUAACAUUUUAUACAAAUGUAAAGUAGUCAUUGUCCUCCAUAUUCUGAUAAACACGACUUAUCAACUUCCAUAUAUAGUGAGAAAUAAAAUAAAAUAUAUGUUUUCUUCUUCUUGGACGCUAACGCUAUGCAAGCAGUAGGUUAUAGCUGUAACACAUACUGGAUAUUUUGUAUAUUCUAUCCUGCAAAUAUUCAAAUAAAUAAAUGUUUUUAUCUUU